AUGAGGGCAAUCGACAGCUUUCAAGCGCUUUCAUAUAUCUUCCUGAGACUUGCACAUCUCAGUCGAGCAGAUGCCUCUCAGCACAGCGUCCCAAUUAUCGCGCCAAGCGCACCAAACAUCGACGCGAUCUCGUUUCUCAGUUCGCGAUCGCAAGACCAAGACAGCAUCUUCAACGAAGCUGUCAAAAUUCUAGACUCAAUGAAAUCUUCACCCUCGUGCAAUCGACUUGCAGCAACGAGAUUAGUGAGCUCGUGUCAAACAUUCAGCGAUGGCAAACAUGAAGCACAGAUAGACAGCUCAGAGACGCUUGACUUCCUUCGGUCUAUCUAUGCAGCGCGUCUGGCAUUAUGUGAAAUUGACGGUGCUGGUACUCAAAUACCUCCAUCAUGCCUUUCAAUCACAGUGUCGCCACCUCCACAAAAGAAUCGAUUCAGCUUUGUGAAUCGACAAAGAGGCUCUGAUCCUGCAUCAGACGAAGUCCCGAAAGCAUUAUUAGAGCAAUGUCUGAAGACACUUGAGUCGCGACCCCAGUGGUGGACUUCUUACAGUAACAGUCGCCAGAAUGCUCUUGUGAUCUGCCAUGCCUCGCGAAUGGAGACGGAAAAGGAGGAGCUUAUUGACUUGCAUCGAUCCAUUGCCAAGAGCAGUCUUAAACUCAACAACGGACUUCAAGAGGCUUUGCAACAUGCAGCUGCACAAUCCAUGGAGCAGCAAUCUUUCAUACACGCUGUUCAGUCUCUGCAAGAGAGGAUCGUGACCGAUAUGGAAGCGACUGACUCGGUGUUCAAACGAAAGUUCAGCAAGUUUCUUCGUGAAAUAGAAAUUGGGAUAUCGUCUCUGCAAGAUUCUAUAUCAGCGGCUUUAGCAAAUGUGCGGACCGGGACAGGGGCCCUUGAAAAGGACAUCCGGAAUGUAUCGAGCCAAGUGGUAACACUUCAACAGGCUCUACAGAGUGCGCAUCAAGAUGCAAUGGCUCGAAGCCAAGAGACGUUGAAGGUCCAAGAAAUCAAUGCUGUCGCCCAGAAGGAUCUCGCCUCCUCUUUACACAUGUCGCUCGAGUCGCUUCUUGACUCAGACAUGGACAGAAUAUACCGAGGCAUGCAGAAGUUUGAUGCUGCUAUGGAAUGGCUGACCAGCCGGAUGAACAUGAUUCUUGAGCAGGAAACCAGGAUGGCGGAGCGACUUGAAACCAUGGAAACAUUUAUACAACAGUCCGAAUCGAAAGCAAGCGAGUUGCAAAAGGCACAGGUCCAACAAACAGAAGCCCUAUCUGCACAAUCUCGAGCCCAGGAGGCCAUUCAGUUCCAUGCGCAAGUAUCGCAAGCUUUGCUAGCCAAGACUAGCACUGCCGCUGCCAAUUUGCAAUCUGUUAUCGACGAUGCAGCUUCCAAGUCCAACCACCUCCCGAGUUUUGGUGGAGGAUCCUCCACGUGGUCUCUCUGUGCCGUCCUCCUCAUGGUCAUCGCCGCCCAAAACCUUAAGAUUGCCAUCGCUUUGUUUUUUCUUAUUUUAGGGCAUUCUGUUGCCCUGAUAAUCUUCAAAUUUCUUUAG